ACAGUACCAUAAAAUUUCAGGGUGCCAAAAAAAGGCUCUUUUUCAUUUUUAAAAGUUUAUCACUUACCUUUCAUCUUCUCUUUAUGAAUUUGAUAAAAGGACUUCAUAAGUUGGCUUUGUCGUGUAAAUUUUUUGAAGGGAAGUAAAAGAAACUCUUCAAAGAGAAACAUUAUUUAUAUAUCAUUAGAGGGUAGAGAAGGAAUCUUUUCAUUAUUUUGCAUGAAAGUUCCUUGCAAUUUCUUUGUUUUGGAGCUCCUUCCUUUUUUUUCAAUAUAAACUCAUAAACUCAUCAACUUCUCAGCUUUGAAUUGUGCUAAAUAAUAAUAUACAUAGAAAUGGGAGUUGGAGGAACUCUAGAGUACUUAUCUGAUCUAAUGGGAAGUGGCCACCACCAACACAAGAUCAAGAAGAGGAAGCAAUUACAGACGGUCGAGUUGAAGGUGAGGAUGGAUUGUGAUGGUUGUGAGCUUAAAGUCAAGAAAGCCCUCUCUUCGAUAAAUGGAGUAAAAUCAGUGGAGAUAAACAGGAAACAGCAAAAGGUGACAGUAAUGGGGUAUGUGGAGGCAAAUAAGGUCCUAAAGAAGGCCAAGUCAACAGGGAAGAAAGCAGAGAUUUGGCCUUAUGUGCCAUACAACAUGGUGGCUCAUCCAUAUGCUGUUUCUUCUUAUGACAAGAAGGCUCCUCCUGGAUAUGUGAGGAGAUUGGAGGCCACCACUGGAAUGGUUACUACAUAUGAAGACUCACAUCUCACCAACAUGUUCAGUGAUGAAAACCCAAAUGCAUGCUUCAUUAUGUAGAUGCUGAGGAAAAAAAUGUUUUUUUUAGCAGAAUAAUGUAGAUUUUUUAGUUUUAAAUGUAGUGGGUUAUUUUGUUUUUCUCUAUUGUUUCUAUUCUUAAGUAUUUGUUUCUCUAUUGUGUGGCAAAUUGAGAAAAUGGGAAGUGAUGUUGCUGCUAUUAUGGUUUUGCCAAAUCUCUUAUUUGAUGAGUUCUUUUGUUAUU